UACCCCCCCCCCCCCGACCUCUCUGACCCCUUUUGUUGUGACCACAGGUCGGUGUCAGGCCUCAGAACCUUCACACAGCUGGAGGAGCUGGUCCUGGACAACAAUCUUCUGGGGAACGAGCUGAGGUUGCCUGAGUUGCCCAACCUUCACACGUUGACGCUCAACAAGAACCAGCUGACGGACAUCGAGGCCCUGUUGGAUCACUUGGCUGACGUGGCCCCGGGGCUUCAGUAUCUGAGUCUGCUGGGGAACCAGGCCUGUCCCAACCAGCUGGUCAGCCCGGAUAAGGACGAGGACGACUACCAGAGAUACAGGUAUUUUGUGCUUCACAAGUUGCCUCAGCUGAAGUUCUUGGACACAAGGAGAGUGACCAGCAGAGAGCUGAUGGAGGCCGAGGCCAGAGGAGCCUUCAUGAAGGUGGUCAAACCCAAGUCUGAAACUCCUUCCAGAGCCGCUCGCUCUGACACCUACCCACCGUCCUACACCCCCCUCCCCCACGGAUCCAGAGAUGCCAAACCCAAAAAAGGUAAGAAAACAGAAAGUAUCCAUAAUUCACAACCUUUUCAUUAAGACAGUUCUAGUAGA